ACCUCCCAUCACAUGUACUCUCUUGCAAUGUGUCUGUGAGUUAGUCUGUUUUUCUUCAACUUGAAUCUGGCCCAGUGACCUGUUUUAACAAUAGAAUGUGGUGGAAAUGAUGCUGUGUAACUUCCAAGGCUGGGCCUAAACAUCUGCAAGUUCUACCUUGACCUUCUUAAUGCUCCUCUUGAGGACCCUAGUCAUCAUGCCAUGAGGAAGCCCAAGCAGCCACGUAGAGAGACUUACAGGGAGGAGCACCGAAGCCUCAGGCCAACAUCCUAGCUGAGCCGGGCAUAAACAGCCAGUCCUCCCAGCUCUUUAGCUAACACCACAGGAAGUAGAACAACCUGGCCAAUCCACAGAUGUGAGAUCAUGUGAGAAAUUACAAUUGUUUGGUAAGGCACUAAGUUUGGGGGUAGUUUUUUAUGUGGUAAUAAAGAACUGAAACCAAGUGCUUAACACAGUACCUGGCCCAUAGCAAGUACUUGAAGGAGGUGUGUGCAGAGUGGAAAGGUGAGAGAGUGUCCUUAAAGGGCUGGAGAUUAAGGGGAAGAACUAACAGGAGCCUGGCGCAAGCUGUAGGAAGAUGUUAAAGAUCAUCUAGCCCCAAAAUUACUCUGCAGAACUGUCCUUCCCAUCCCCAGGGCUCUCUCACUUCACAACAGUCAAGAUGAUGCAGGAAGAAGCCAUUUUUGAGCAACUAUAUUAGAAAGUCCUUCCUUGUGUUAAACUUUUCUAUUGUUUCCAUUCAUUGGUCUUAGAUCUGUCUUCUGGGGUGCCAUAAGACAAACUUCUUUUUCAAAUGACAGCACUUCACAUAUGUGAAUACUAAGACUGCUUUGUACCUCCAUUGUACCCUUGUCCUCUCUUCCCUAAGGUAAGGAAAAAUUCUCCAGAUUCUCAUAGGUUUAAUGGCAUGGUGUUCAGACCUCACAUCUUCGGAUUUGUUCAUUUCUGGAUGACCAUUGGCUUUGGAAUGUCCCUGUUAACAUGUGGCACCCAGAAGGAGCCAUCUUAGAUGCCUGACCAGUGUAUGGGGGAAAUCAGUGAAACAAGAUGCACCACGUGGUAACUGUUGAAACUAGUCAGUUGAUACAUGUUAUUCUUCCUGGAAAAAAAAAUUGUCUUAAUAAUCCUAAAAACAUAUGGGAAAAAUAAUGUUAUGGUGCAUUUAUUUGAAAUAAAUUCACGGUACAUUUGGACAGGGAAUUCCGCGUGCUGGCCUAUCUCGUGUGCUUUUUGAGGGAACAAGCAAACAAACUCAAGGCGGCCGGAGGGGAUGGGCCUGAGAUGGAAAACUUGGGAGAAUCUAGUCUGCAAAGCUUCAGAUGUGCAAGAACAGCGGGAGAAAAAGGUGGGCAAAAGCUUCUAUCAAGUCCUGCAGCACCAGGGCACUUAGGGGGCAGCCUCUGAGAUUUCUGCCCAGGAAGCUUAGACUCAGGGCCCGGCGCUUCGGACUGAUGCCUCCCUGACCUGGGUCUCAGAGUGACAACCGAAUCUCUGGCUUCAUGAGCCAAGCGUGGGGCUCCGCGUGCAUAAACGUGGCCCAAGCUCUCACGAGGUGAUGGACCUGAGGGUCACAGGAGAAUCGGGCUCUCAAGUCCACGAAGGGGACCGAGCUUGCCGCGCUGAGCCCACGCCUCCCCCUGGCCCGGGGCGUCGGUGGCGCGAGCGCAAACCGCCGAAGCCUUCAUCUGGUCGGCCCUUCCUUGCUAAAUAAAGGGAACGGGGUUCCUGCCCUUUCUCUUUAGAAGACGACUCCUCUAGUCCUGGUCGCGUCUCAGCCUCCCGCGGACCCGAGACACCGAGAUUCAGAGACCUCCGGAAUUCCUAGAGGGGCCACUGCGGCCCGCACCCCUCUCCGCUGAGGCGGGGCUCUGACGUAAUUCCGGCUGCGCCGGCCGCAGUGCGCAUCGAGGUGGCCCAGCGCUUGGAGCAUCUCCGCGUCGUGCACAAUAUCAAGAAAAUUCAGAAUCCAAGACCUGGGGGCAUCCCUAAAUGAACCUUUAGACAAACUCAACAUGACCAAAAGUGAAAUUACUGGCUUUGCUCAGGGGGAAAAAAAAAAACCACAACAGGACAUUAUCAGGUUCAACACGUAGCCCUAAAGAGCCAGAAACCCAAAGGAACCGAUACUCCUGCUCCACAGAGCCCGUCUGUAGUAAGGCUGUUUCUGGAGUCUGUGAUGACCAAGGUCCUGGGCAUGGCCACCAUUCUGGGCCCUAGGCCUCCACAGGAGCAGGGGCCUGUGGUCAUGAAACUUGAGGACGAGGAGGAGAAAGGGAAGUGCCUUCCUAGCCUGGAGAUGUUCCGCCAGCGCUUCAGGCAAUUUGGGUACCAUGAUACACCCGGCCCCCGGGAGGCCCUGAGCCAGCUCCGGGUGCUCUGCUGUGAAUGGCUGAGGCCCGAGAUCCACACCAAGGAGCAGAUCCUGGAGCUGCUGGUGCUGGAGCAGUUCCUGACCAUCCUGCCCCAGGAGCUGCAGGCCUGGGUGCAGGAGCACUGCCCAGAGAGUGCGGAGGAGGCGGUCACUCUCCUGGAAGAUCUGGAGCAAGAACUGGAUGAGCCAGGACAGCCGGUAGGCAGCAGAGACCUUCCCGUGAGAUCGGGAGCAUGGCAUUCCAGGCAGGAGCAGGUCUCAGCUCCUCCGCAUGAACAGAAACAGGCGUGGGGGAAGAGAUCCUCUGCCAGAACAGCAAAGGAGUCCCCAAGCAGCAUGCAGCCACAGUCUGCGGAGACCAGUCACAAAUACGAAGCGUGGGGGCCCCUGUACAUCCAAGAAACGGGUGAAGAGCAGGACUUCACUCCCGAGCUGAAGAAGACUUCAGAUCGUAAGUCCGACACCCUGAGUGAAGGGUCAGCAGAUAAGCAGAAAAGCUGUGAAGAAUCUCACGCAGAAGGAUUCAAAAGAGAUCUUAUUCCCAUGAUCACUGGCAAUAAAUGUGAGGCCAGGUUAGAAAGACAGAGGGUAAACCUUGAAAAGGAAAGAGGAACAAAAACCCCUCACAUAGACAAAAGCUCCAAGAAAGGGAAAGAAUUAAUUCCUACUAAACCUUCCCCAGGAGAGAGACGUUACAUAUGUGCUGAGUGUGGAAAAGCCUUUAGUAAUAGCUCAAAUCUUACCAAACACCGGCGAACACACACUGGGGAGAAACCCUAUGUGUGCACCAAAUGUGGGAAGGCUUUCAGCCACAGCUCAAAUCUGACCCUGCAUUAUAGGACCCACUUGGAGGACCGGCCUUAUGACUGUAAGUGCGGGAAAGCCUUCGGUCAGAGCUCGGACCUCCUUAAACAUCAGCGAAUGCACACAGAAGAGGCACCGUAUCAGUGUAAAGAUUGUGGCAAAGCUUUCAGUGGGAAAGGCAGCCUCAUUCGCCACUAUCGAAUACACACAGGGGAGAAACCUUAUCAAUGUAAUGAAUGUGGGAAGAGCUUUAGUCAGCACGCAGGCCUUAGUUCCCAUCAGAGACUCCACACAGGAGAGAAGCCCUAUAAGUGUACGGAGUGUGGGAAGGCCUUCAACCACAGCUCCAAUUUUAAUAAGCACCACAGAAUCCACACUGGGGAGAAGCCCUACUGGUGUGACAGCUGUGGGAAAACUUUCUGCAGUAAGUCCAAUCUCUCCAAGCAUCAGAGAGUCCACACUGCAGAGGGGGAAGUGCUUUAACUGGCAGGUACGCUCUCCCCGUGGUUUCUGUUUUUUAAACUUUAGAGCAUGAAUGCCAGGGAGAAGCCCAGUGAUUGCAGCAUAAACUCUCGUGGUGGUUUUUGUUUCACUCAAUGCCAUGGGAUGCCUGAGCAGGGAGAGCUCCCGUGGUGGCACAGUAGAAAGGGUGUCCCGGGAUGUCAGUAGGUUCCUGGCCCACCAGCUCACUGGGGAAAGGUCCCCUCACUACACUUCGGGUCCUGUAAACCAUCUGGCAUUGCCUUUUGUAUUGUUCAACAGAUGUAUAUCCAGUAUAAUUAGAGAAGAAACAGCUGUUGAACUAUUUUAACAUAUAUUCAAGAAUUAUGACUUGUAAAGAAUUGAGCCACAUUGAACACAAGUUAAUCUGUUUCAGAAUAAACGUAUAACACUU